AUGUCGCCCGCAUCUUCAAUUCACGAUCCCGGCGAAGGCGAGCCACUCCUCGGACAUCAACCGCGACGCACAAACACGUUUCAACUACCCUCGUUCAUCGGUCGCCGGCGCGUCUCCCCUCUGGCCGUUCGUCGCGCUUCGCUGCAGGAGGUUCACCCGCAUCACGAAGACGUCGAACCCGUGCUGCCGGCCGCCCCUGUUCCCGCGCACCAGGAGACGCGCCUGCACAAGCCCCAAUGGGCACUGAGCGAUAGGCCUCCCAACACUUGGGCCCAGAUCCGCCACUAUUGGCGCGAAGAAUUCGCUGAGUUCUGGGGCACGUUCAUGAUCUUGGUCUUCGGGGCCGGCGUCGAGUGCGAGACGCGGUUGAACUUCCGAGGUCCCAACAUCGGUGAUAAUGCUGGUGACUUCUUGCAGUGCCGGCUUGCCUGGGCGGCUGGUGUUGCUUUGGCGGGUUGGAUGUCAGGAGGCGUCUCGGGUGGCCACUGCAACCCUACCGUAACGAUAGUCCUGGCCCUGUUCCGCGGGUUUCCCUGGCGCAAGGUCCCCGGCUUUCUCAUCUCACAGGUUCUGGGCGCGACGGUCGCAAGUCUUGCCGUUUACCUCAACUACGCGACUAGCAUUGCCGCUUAUGAGGGCGGCGAUGAACGCACCCGGGCCACGGCCGGCCUGUUCUUCACUUUUCCCGCGGCCGGCCUGCCCUAUCUUGGUGCCUUCUACACCGAGUUCCUCGCCUCCGCCGUGCUGAUCGCGAUCGUCUUCGCGCUGGCUGACAAGAACAACUUGGCUCCGCCCAAGGGAACUCAGCCCUUUGCCAUGUUCCUGGCGCUCUUGGCUAUUGGCUCCGCCCUGGGCAUCAACACGGGCUACGCCAUGAACGGGGCUCGCGAUACCGGCCCGCGUAUUGCGUUGGCUCUAGUCGGUUACGCUGAUGUCUUCAGCCAUGAUCAUUUCUAUUGGCUUUGGGCCCCAUGGGGCGCCGCUAUUACCGGCGGUCUUUUGGGUGCCAGCGUGUAUGAUGCCUUCCUGUACACCGGGCGGGACUCGCCUUUCAACGUUCCUCGGAAAGAAGUCGAUUAG